AUGCCGCUUUGCGAGAUCUGUGACUCUCUUGACCUUGGGCAAGAUGAUCUUACGGAUUCUGGUAUCAAAUUAGGGCCGUUCAAAGACCUGCUUACGCGAGCUGAAAAAGGCUGCGGCGCAUGCGAAUUCUUCUGUAACGUGUUGGAGACGUCUAGUCGAUGGACGACAAGGCUUGACGAGCUUGCCGAGCGAGUGAUCUUUCUUGACAGUUCCCGGUUGGACGCGAGGGAGCCGACGAAGCUUAGUAACCGCACUUAUUCCGCAGACGACUUGUGUUUGGACCAGUGCGUUUCAGAGGAUUAUGAGGGCCCACUGAACGAGGAGGUCGAUCGUGUUCGUCGCAUCCCAUUCGACCUCAGGGACGAAAAGUGCCUUGGUCUGGUUCGAGGUUGGACUGCUGAAUGUGCAGCCCAUAGCACCUGUUCCAAGCCUUUGGCAGUUAAACUGCCGGAGAAUAUCAUUGAGAUCGCGGCAGAUCCUGCAGUUGCCCCCAGGCUGUGUUCGUCGAAUGGUAGAUCAGGGUCUUAUGUGAUUCUGAGCUACUGCUCCGGGAAUUUCGAGCCUUCGACUCAGCGAGAGUCGGGUAAUACCGACUUCUCGGCUCCAUUAGAUGGGCCUUCCCUGCCGAAGACUUUAGCAGACGCGAUAGAAAUUGCACGCAAGUUAGGGUAUCAAUACCUGUGGACCCGAACCAUUUGCACUUCCAGAGAGAAAUGGGGUAGCGAUCCAGCUCGAAUUGCGGCACUAUACGGCCAGGCAGCUUUGAUGCUUUCAGCGGAAGCUGCUGAAGAUGCGGGCUCGGGGAUUUUCCAUGACCGACGGGUAAUCUACUCUCCUGCGCUAGGUCGCAAAAAAGACAAGUACCUUCGGCAGCGGCUCCUGCGAUGGACAUCGGAUAUUGAGGAGUCGCCGAUAGCGGGACGGGGGUGGGAGAUUGUCGAAAGAAUGCUAGCUCCGCGCGUUUUACAUGUCAUGAGGCGUCAAUUGAUCUGGGAGUGUUCUUCUGGGUUCCAGUUCGAGGCCUCUGGAAUUGUCGACAAAAAGACAGGCUCCGGGCAAAUUCGACAGUGCUACGUCAAGGGAGCCGUGCAGCCGUACAUCGACAGGUUUCUCCAAGAUCAAGUAAAGGAUGCUGGUGGCGUUGGCGACGAGGUGGACAUCAGCAAGCGAGUGGCACGACUCGAGGCCUGGCAUCGGUGUGUAGACGCCUUUUCAAAGGGAUCAGUCAGUGUGACAUCCGACAAGCUACUCGCCAUGGCUCCCCUCGCAUCUGCCAUCAAUGACGGCACUCUGGGCGAGUAUCUCGCGGGAAUUUGGAGCAGUGACAUCGCCUUCGGGCUCGGUUGGUCACGGCCUUACGGUGUCUUACGUCCAGCAACAGACUACAGAGCCCCAAGCUGGAGUUGGGCCAGCGUAGACGGUACAGUGAGCUCACAUGCUCUGGCGUGGCCCCAGGAUCUAAUGCGCGGGCAUGCUAAGGAUUCCUCCUGGCUGGAUAAAUACCAACCGAGACUGGUAUCUCACCACAUUACUCUCGCCGAUCCCCAACGCCCAUAUGGCCAGGUCCUGGACAGCUCACACAUCCUCGUGGAAGGCUCCUGCAUUGGACUUAAGACACUUACCCGAAACUUACGCGGCAACGAAGCCUUUGGCUUGACUUUGGUCCUAGAUCAGUCGCAGAUCUUCGAUUGUUCAUGCUGUAUUCCCAGGUCGGCAGAUACCCAAAAAGCGGAUCUGGACAAGUUCAGCAGCGAUAUUGAACACUAUUUCUGUAUGGUUAUACAAGGGGACGCAUGGCGGGUAGAAGAAGGCUGGAAUCCCCAUCGUGGGUUUUGCGAUCUUCUCAUUCUGAAACCUUUGGAUGAAGUGGAGGUUCUCAUGAGGGUAGGAGUCCUGCGGAUUUCUGCUGGAUCAUUGAUUGAUCCACAUCCGGAGUUUGAUGCGCUGCCCUGGGAAAGACGCAAGCUGAGACUGGUCUGA